ACUGCACUCACGAGUCUACAUGUAGUUAAAUUUGAUUCAAUAAAUUGAUAGUGGUGCGUCGUAAAUUGGUGACAUUUACAGCAAAAGUUCAACCUUGGCAAUGACUACCAAGUGGCUGUGUACUUGUUGAUGCUGAGUAUGCAAGUCAUCGAGGCCCCUUAGGAAACCAUGGCAACGGCAUCUGAAGUCAAGCCCCCACCAGAGUUGAAAGUGAAAUUCCAGGAUGUUACGGAAGAUGAGAGUAUAGUCGAUACAGUGGCUGCAGAAACUGAAGAACCAAUUGAAUUGCAUGUAAGCGAAGAAGAAGAGGUUUCACCACUGGUAAAACCUUCGACGCCGGUAGACAGCACCGCCAGUACUUCUAGUGAGCAUCAUCAUACAGCAGUAUCAGAGGAGAGUCCCAGACCGGAGAUACACAUAGAAGGGACCGGGGAGCUGACAGCGGGGACCAGUGAGACAGCGGGGACCAGUGACGAGGAGAAAGACGGCAAGAUCAAGACGAGCGAGACCACCACUCUCCCAUCGAUCAACUCCAUCACGGGGGAGUCAGAGGCUGAGCUCCUGGCCAAGCUAGAGCAGGCAAACAAACUUCUCGAGGCUGACGCCAAGUCCCUCAAGUGCAUCACAGAUUCCACCAAGUCCUCCAGACGGGGUUCUAACGCGAGCCUCCGCUCAACCGGCUCAACCCUGAGCAACAUGAGUAAUGUACAGGUCUCAUGCUCCGCUAUUAACUCAAGUAACGACACGUUGGACGAUCUCGGGAUGCAGGACAAGUGGCUGAUCUGGGGGAAGAUUGUCAACGACUGGGAGGAGUAUUCCAAGAAGAAGUCGAAACAACUUAAGGACCUGGUCCGGUUAGGCAUUCCCCAUCACUUCAGGGGCAUAGUGUGGCAGUUGCAGUGCAACGCUUUCCACUCGCCCCUCAAGGACAAAUACGCAGAGUAUCUCAAGAUGACGUCGCCGUGCGAGAAGGUCAUCCGAAGGGAUAUUGCCAGGACGUACCCGGAGCACGACUUCUUCAAGGAGAAAGACGGGCCGGGACAGGAGACACUGUUUAAUGUUAUGAAGGCAUAUUCAAUCCAUGAUCGGGAGGUCGGUUACUGCCAGGGAUGUGGAUUUAUAGUCGGACUUCUACUCAUGCAGAUGCCUGAGGAAGAAGCGUUCUGCGUACUCGUUAAAUUGAUGCAGGAUUACAGGUUACGAGAGCUCUUCAAGCCCAGCAUGGCUGAACUCGGCUUGUGUAUGUUCCAACUAGAGUGCAUGUUACAGGAUCUACUACCCGAGCUGUACAGGCAUUUUACAUCUCAGGGCUUCCAUACCUCCAUCUUUGCGUCGCCGUGGUUCCUUACCUUGUUUGCAGUUGCUCUUCCGAUAUCUCUUGCCAGAAGGAUCAUGGAUGUCUUCAUAUCAGAGGGGAUGGAGAUCAUUUUCAGGGUUGGCAUUGCCAUUUUGCAACUCAACUACGACGAUCUGUUGAGACUGGACAUGGAAGAAAUGCUAAGGUUAUUACAGAAAAUUGCGCCCAAACUCCAUGAAGCAGAGCCCGAGGUGCUUAUGAUGACAGCCUAUCAAGUUAAGUACAACACCAAGAAAAUGAAAAAAUUAGAGAAAGAUUAUCUUGCCUUCAAGACAAAAGAGAAUGAAGAUCAAAUUGAAAUGCGGAGGUUGCGAACGGAAAACCGACUCCUCCUGCGGAGAAUCCAAGUCCUUGAGGAGGAGAACGAAGUUCUAGCAGACAGACUGAUCCAGGGUCAGCUCCAACGAGCCCAGGAGGCUGAGGACAGCUACAUGAUUAAGAAGGAGUUAGAGUCUAUCAAAUACCACAAUAAGGAGACCGCUAAGCAGCUAGAGGGCGCUCAGACGGUCAUCAGCGAUCUACGAGAUAAGACGAUGGAUAAAAUUCAACGGGCUCAGGCGAUAGUGAAGGAGUUUAUGCGAAAGGUAAGGAACGAUACAACUGAACCGAUAGACCCAGAAUCAGCUGGUAUCAUCAUGGCAUUACAAGAAGAACUCAUUGCUGUCCGGCUACGAGAGGCAGAGUCCUCAGAAACUCUCAAAGAUCUCCAAGAUGAUAUCAAGUCUCUAGAAAAGGCCAAUAAGAAACUCCAAGAGGAACCCGGCCACUCCGUAGAAGCUCUACAAGACGAGCUCAUCGCCGUCAAACUACGAGAAGCUGAAGCCAAUCUAUCCCUCAAGGAGCUUAGGCAUACAGUGAAUGAACUGGAGGAUCAUUGGCAGAAACAUCUUCAGAGGGCAUCAUCCCGAAGGAAAGAGAGCAACACUAAACAGACUGUCCAGACGCUGACAGAAGAGUUGAUGUCUGUCAGAUUAAGAGAGGCAGAGACAAUGGCUGAACUCAAGGAGGCUAAACAGAGAGUCAUGGAGCUUGAGACACAGAAUCAAUGCACAAGUAAUCAAUUCCGUCGCAGCGAGGAGGAACGAUUAGAAAUGAAGGCGGAGCUGGAUAAGGUCAUGAGACACGAAAAGGAGUUACAGAGCUCCCUCAAUGUCACCACUAAGGAUCUCUGUAAACUACAAGCCAAGAGUCAAGAAGAGUUGUAUAAUAUAAGAAUACGUGAGACCGAGGCCAACGCCUGCCUAGCUGAGCUGGCUCAAAAAAUGGCAGAGCUGGAGAUACAGAACCAAGAGCUGUUGACCAAACGAACCUUGAGUGAGUCGGAGACGGAGACUACCCUGCAGGAACUACGCAACAGAAUAUCAGAGUUGAACACAGAGGUAAAGCAGCUUCGUCUUAAGCUACACUCCAAACCCGGUGACCAAAUGUCCUACAGCGAUUACGAUGACAACCAGUACCCUGUCAGUGUCAUCACCAACCCUGCAGCGGCCCUCGAUGACGAGGACUUUGAUGACAAUGACAGUAAUCAAGGGGAGAUGAGAGGUAUCGAUAUGUCAGUCAUUGAAUCGGACGAUGAAGUCCUAGAAAGACGAACAUGUAAACACACUGAAGUCUGAGGCCGUGCCGGUAAGGAGAUUUCGUAUUGGGAACACUAGAUGGCAGCAGACUUCUCCAAAGCGUGCACAUGCUCAAAACUAAGUUAACAAUGGACAAUUUAUCUAAUAAGGGAGUGUAGAAAGAUGAACCUGUAAAUUACUGAAGUCUGCGGACGAUCUGGUCUAGAGAUUUUUGUUCUUUUGUCCUGUAACUAGUUGGGUACCUGAGAAUUUGAAACUUUUGGGGACACUAGGUGGCAGCAGACGUACAAGGAAAACCCAUAGACGCUGUCACCAUCUU